AUGUCAAACCAGGUUGUGGUGUGGACAGUUGCAGGGCAGAAGCUGGCCACGCUACACUUGAGAAGCGUAAGUACCGUCAGGGCAUUGAAACAACAUUUGCAAGGGCUUUGUGGGCAGCCACGAUUCAGACAGCGACUCUUGCACCGUGACCAUGUGCUGGAAAAUCGUGCUUGGAUGAGGGCGCUGCAAGCACCCAUCGACUUGCAGCUUGUUAUUGUGCCCUAUACUGAAGCCUCGGAAGAACAGCUUAAAUCCCUGUGCACAGCAUCUGGUUCCGGUAUACUUACUGUCGUUGAGGAAAUGCUGCAGCUUCCUCUGGAUCCGAACGCAUGCCCCAAAGCACUUAUCGCAGCUUGUUUCGGUGGCCACAAUGACGUUGUGCGCUUGCUUCUAGAGGCUGGUGCUGACAGGAGCAGCAGGGAUGGAUUCUGGACACCAAUGAGGGCGGCAUUCAGCCAACAGCACUAUGAGGUUCUCCUGCAGCUAUGGCAGCCUUUUGGACUUGACCCAUGGUAUUUAUGUCAAAAGUUCGAAAGAUUUGUGUUGUCUUGCAUGGUUCCAAGCCUCCUGCUCGAUGUGGCGCAGAUAAAGCUCGAAGACAUUGGGCAGAACUAUCCCAUUGCGAGGGCAUGCUACAUUGUUGUUACAGUUUUUACGAGAUCUAUCGAAAUCAUGUUCUGGAGGUGGCCAGUCGGUUUGUUUAAGCAAUUCUUUGCGAAUCCCCUCAGCAGCAGUUCAAUAGUCUCACAUCAACUAGUCGGGCGCAGAGCGCUUGGCGUGCUGGUGUGGUAUCUCUGUAGGCGUGCAGGCAUCUCAUACUACAAAUUGCCCAGCUGUCUCAUUUAUUUUCUUGUGAUGUACUGCAAUCCAUACUUCUGCACUGCUGAUGUUCGCUGGCAAUGA